CAAGGUUUCCCGGCCUUCGAGGGUAACACACAAGCGCGCUGACUCUUCCGAAGCGGCCGCCACAGUGCAGCCCCGCAAUGUCCGGCGUGUACACCAAGAAGUCCGUGGACGACGUGCACGACACUUCGGAGGGCGCUCUGCCUUUCAAGUUGCAACGGAUAGCGGAAGAAGAGCUGGGCGAGACACUAGCUAAGAGACAAGAUGCGCUCGAGAAGCUCACGCAGCUCUUGGAAGCGGAAGAAGAGCUCCGCGCAAACAAAGAUCCCAAGUUCCUGCUGCGUUUUCUGCGGGUACGCAAGUACAACGUGGACGGCGCACUUCAAACUAUCCGCAACUACUACAAGAACAGAGCUUCCUGUGUGUCCAUCUUCCGGGACUUCUUGCCGCGGAAGGCACCACCGGCGGGCCGGAAUCUCAUGAUGGUGAUGCCGGAGAAAGACGUUCACGGGCGUCCCAUAAUCCUCUGUAAACCAGGUGUAUGGAUGCCGAACGAGCUGCCCUAUGUAGACCUUCAGUGCACGUGGCUCAUCUGCAUGGAACACAUAGCGGCCGACCCAGCAGCACAGAUUCUAGGAGUUGUGCUCUUGGUGGACUACGCUGAAUUUACGCCCGACAAGAUCCUAUCGCUGAGCAUCGGCCUCAUCAGGAGAGCCCUAGAAUAUAUCCAGGAUUGCAUGCCGAUGAGAAUGAAGGCAGUGCACAUCGUGAGGCAAUCAUACGCUUUCGAUUUGUUUUUUGCGCUCAUCAAGCCUUUCAUAAGGGCGAAGUUGGCCGAAAGGUUUCGCUUCCACGGGGAGAACUUUGAAAAGCUCCACGAGGAAAUCUCUCCGAAGACUCUGCCUGAGGAAUACGGAGGUCAAGGACCGCCGGUCGACCACGACGCAUUUUGGAAGCUAGUAGACGCCGAGGAAAAGGACUUCGCUGCCGCCAACCGCUUUGGCUACCCCAUGAAAGACCAGGACGAUUUGCCACCUGACAGUGAGGAACUGACGCAGGAGCUCACGUCGCUGUGAGUGCAGCAUUGACAUUCGCGACCAGCUCAGUGCGAGGGUGUUGUAAAGAAGAAACAUUCUGUGCCUCGCAGCAAGCACCACGUUUUUCGGCGAAAUAAAGACAGUCUGAAACUAA